AUGGAUCUGAUGGUGCUCAAGGCUCUGGAGAGAGAGAAGGUUCUGGAGGUUCUUCAGAGAGACAAACUUGUACGCAGCACGGACGACGACAGGAUAAGGUAGACAAUAUAAUUUACUUUAGCCAAGCAUUUCACAUUUACUGCAUGGACACACUGUAUAACAACUCCACUCAGAGGGUACAUCAGGGUCUGUGGAGACUGUGAAAAUGGCAAUGACAACAGUGAACUAAUGCUCCUCAAAAUAGUAUUCACAAUUGUUGUACCAUUGAUCAGUAAUAGUAUAAUGCAUUUAAUUGGAAUGAAUUACCAGUGGAAAACUGACAGGAAAAGUGGACGCGAAGAGCAGUUCAGUACAGUUGUUAAAACACUGCCAUCAUUACUGUAUCUCAGGUGGCUGAGGGGAGGACGGCUCAUAAUGAUAGCUGGAACGGAAUGGCAUCAGACGCAUAGAAACCAUGUGUUUAGUACCAUUCCACUCAUUCCGCUCCAGCCAUUACCACAAGCCUGUCCUCCCCAAUUAAGUUGCCACCAACCUCCUGUGCUGUACCUCCACCUGCCACCAUCUACUGUUACAGGAGGCUGAAGACAGAGCUACAGGAGAUCCGAAGGAAAGGUGGCAAGAGUUUUGCCCGGCAGUACAGCGAAAGGACGUGCGCCCGCUGUCAGAGGCCGCUGGGAAUGUUCUGGAACUCGGGCGCCGUGUGCCGAGGCUGCAGCCACCGCGUCUGCAACCAGUGUCGAGUGGGCUUGUCCACCCUGGACUGGAAGUGUACCAUCUGCCACGCCUACAGGUAGGAGGCAUAUCAGAACCGUAACAUAGACUGACAUGUCAGCACUGUAACAUAGACUGUCAUGUCAGCACUAUAACACGCGGUUGACUGUAAUAUUGACUUUAUUGACUGCUGUAACCUUUUUAUUGUUAGUAUCCUCUAUCCUUUAUUCAAUGUUUUAAGGCGUGUUAACAUGUUGAGAGAAUGAACUGACCAAAGGUACAGUAUUUCCUUUGUAAUCUAAACCAGGGCUGUUCAGUCCUAGUCCUGGAGGGCCGAAACACCUCUGGUUUUCAUCCUCUCCUUCUAAUCAGGGACUAAUUCAGACCUGGGACACCAGGUGAGUGCAAUUAACUAGCAGGUAGAAACAAAAACCAGAAGUGUUUCAGCCCUCCAGGACCGGAAUUGAACAGCCCUGGUAAAGAAAGGUCAAUUAAUCUAAAAUCCAGUUCUUCACACUUCUUAGGGAGGUUAAGAUCAGAUCUGGGGAGUGGUUUCUGGAAGAAAGGGCCAAGAAAUGUCCACCUGACACAGGUUUGUUUCCUUUACUUCUCACAUGCCCUAUUCACUCAUAAUUCAUAUGCAUAAUUCUCUCAUAAGUAAAAUGCCAGUACGAAAAAGUAAGAAAAAACUAUGCACUCAUGAAAUGACAUUUUUAAUACAUCAUACAUCAUACAGGUAGAUGUGUUUCAGUUGUUUGCUUGGUAUUUAAAAGUGGUCUUCUACAUCAUCUUCUGAUGUGUGUAUGGUUUAGAGAACUGCUUUGACUGAAUAAUGCAUUGUUGCUGUCUGCUAGGACAUUGCCCGGGAGAGUGGGAGAGGGUCCAUGAGAGUAAUAUUUAAUAGUGUGUGUGUACUAGUUUUGGCAGGUAUAGCAAUACUCUUUUAAUUUACAGAAAGGCAUGAGACUGUUGGGGAGAAACUACUAAAGUCUUACCAGAGGUUGAGGUGAGUCGAUGGGCGGUCAUAAUUUAUUGUACACUACUGUAUUAUGUGACCAUAGUCUCUGGUAGAGAUACAGUUGAAGUCGAAAGUUUACAUACACCUUAGCCAAAUACAUUUAAACUCAGUUUUUCACAAUUCCUGACAUUUAAUCCUAGUAAAAAUUCCCUGUUUUAGGUCAGUUUAUUUUCACCACUUUAUUUUAAGAAUGUGAAAUGUUAGAAUAAUGCAUUUUACAUUUACAUUUAUAUUUUAGUCAUUUAGCAGACUCUUAUCCAGAGCGACUUGCAGUUAGUGAGUGCAUACAUGUUUUCAUACUGAAUGUACCGGGCAUUCAGUAUGAAUGUAUGGAAUAGCUCCAACACUACUUUUUGCCCCGGGCCCCCAGAUAGCAUAUGACAGAAAAAUGUGUAGAAUUGUAGAAAAUGUGCUUUAAACAGCAACAUUUUCUCUCAGCCUCAUGGCAAAAUGUGAACAAAAGCAUGAGAUGAGCUAUAAAACAGCACACGUUCUUCUCUGCCCCAUGGCAGAAAGUGUAGAAUUGCAAGAAAUUAGCUUUAAAACUGCAAAAUUUUCAUAGCCUCAUGACAAAAUGUGUAGAAUAGCAUUCUAAAACUGCUAAUUGUUCUCUGUCCACCAUGGCAAAAUGUGUACAAAUGCAGGUGGUUAGCAGAUUUCACUCCGCUCCCCAUGAAAAUAUCAACAUUGUUGGGGGUGGGGGCCCCCAAAUGCGGUAGUACGGCCCUGUUUUUCCCCCUAGAAUGUUAGAUCUCUAGUCCAAGUAUUACCUUCCCCAUUCUUCUCCCUUUCCGCAUGAAUUUGAGACAACAUGUUGGAAAUACAUUACUAGGGUCCCUGCGGUCCACACAUCUUGUGACGGUCCAAGGUGUUAAAAUCAAGCUGCCCCUCUAGGGCUCGGCGAUAUGGACAAAAUAUCAUAUCACAAUAUUUUUGACAGUACGCCGGUAUUUGACAGUAUUUUAUGUUUUUAAUAAUAAAAGUUCUAAAUAUGCUUUAUGAGUAGUUCAUGACCCUAGGGUGGCAACAAAGUGAUUUCAAUGGGGCUUUCUCCGUUUACACUGUUCAAUCCAACUUCCAAAGAAAAAUCAUUUCCUGCACUUUUAUUAUUUCCACACUGUGCCACGCAGCAUGAUAUGGGCCUAGUUAAUUGGUGAACUGUUGGAAUCAUGGAAAUAUGAUUAUUCUAUAUUUAACCCAACAAAAAAAAAACACGCAACAUGCAACAAUUUCAACAAUUUUACUGAGUUACAGUUCAUAUAAGGAAAUCAGUCAAUUGAAAUAAAAUCAUUAGGCCCUAAUCUAUGGAUUUCACGACUGGUAUUACAGAAAUGCAUCUGUUGGUCACAGAUACCUUGAAAAAAAUAAAGAUAAUAAUAAUAAUAAUAAUAAUAAUAAUAAUAAUAAUAAUAAUAAUAAUAAUUGGGGUGUGGAUCAGAAAACCAGUCAGUAUCUGGUGUGACCACCAUUUGCCUCAUGCAGCGCGACACAUCUCCUUCACAUAAAGUUGAUCAGGCUGUUGAUUGUGGCCUGUGGAAUGUUGUCCCGCUCCUCUUCAAUGGCUGUGCGAAGUUGCUGGAUAUUGGCGGGAACUGGAACAAGCUGUUGUUCACGUCGAUCCAGAGCAUCGCAAACAUGCUCAAUGGGUGACAUGUCUGGUGAGUAUGCAGUCCAUGGAUGAAUAAUAAUAGUAGAGAGAAUUAUUUCUUUCAGCUUUUAUUUCUUUCAUCACAUUCCCAGUGGGUCAGUUUACAUACACUCAAUUAGUAUUUGGUAGCGUUGCCUUUAAAUUGUUUAACUUGGGUCAAACGUUUCGGGUAGCCUUCCACAAGCUUCCCACAAUAAGUUGGGUGAAUUUUGGCCCAUUCCUCCUGACAGAGCUGGUGUAACUGAAUCAGGUUUGUAGGCCUCCUUGCUCGCACACGCUUUUUCAGUUCUGCCCACACAUUUUCUAUAGGAUUGAGGUCAGGGCUUUGUGAUGGCCACUCCAAUACCUUGACUUUGUUGUCCUUAAGCCAUUUUGCCACAACUUUGGAAGUAUGCUUGGGGUCAUUGUCAAUUUGGAAGACCCAUUUGCGACCAAGCUUUAACUUCCUGACUGAUGUCUUGAGAUGUUGCUUCAAUAUAUCCACAUAAUUUUCCUUCCUCAUGAUGCCAUCUAUUUUGUGAAGUGCACCAGUCCUUCCUGCAGCAAAGCACCCCCACAGCAUGAUGCUGCCACCCCCGUGCUUCACGGUUGGGAUGGUGUUCUUCGGCUUGCAUGCAUCCCCCUUUUUCCUCCAAACAUAACGAUGGUCAUUAUGGCCAAACAGUUCUAUUUUUGUUUCAUCAGACCAGAGGACAUUUCUCCAAAAAAGUACGAUCUUUGUCCCCAUGUGCAGUUGCAAACCGUAGUCUGGCUUUUUAGGGCGGUUUUGGAGCAGUGGCUUCUUCCUUGCUGAGCAGCCUUUCAGGUUAUGUCGAUAUAGGACUUGUUUUACUGUGGAUAUAGAAACCUUUGUACCUGUUUCCUCCAGCAUCUUCACAAGGUCCUUUGCUGUUGUUCUGGGAUUGAUUUGCACUUUUCGCACCAAAGUACGUUCAUCUCUAGGAGACAGAACGCGUCUCCUUCCUGAGCGGUAUGAUGGCUGCGUGGUCCCAUGGUGUUUAUACUUGCAUACUAUUGUUCGUACAGAUGAAUGUGGUACCUUCAGGCGUUAGGAAAUAGCUCCCAAGAAUGAACCAGACUUGUGGAGGUCUACAAUUUUGGCAGAUUUCUUUUGAUUUUCCCAUGAUGUCAAGCAAAAAGGCACUGAGUUUGAAGGUAAGCGUUGAAAUACAUCCACAGGUACACCUCCAAUUGACUCAAAUUAUGUCAAUUAGCCUAUCAGAAGCUUCUAAAGCCAUGUCCUAACCGACUUGCCAAAACUAUAGUUUGUUAACAAGAAAUUUGUGGAGUGGUUGAAAAACAAGUUUUAAUGAUUCCAACCGAAGUGUAUGUAAACUUCCGACUUCAACUGUAUAAGACACAGAUAUACGCAGGUAUGUACAUUGUCAAUAUUUAAAAACAUGUCAUUUCAUCGGAAAUUGGUGGGCAAAACACUGUCCAGUGAAAAUCUCACUUUUAAAAGCUCAUUCUGUUAAGUCAUACCCAAAUAAUGUUUUUGACUUAUCCUAUACUUGUGUGGCCAAAGCAUACAUUUGUGAGAAUAUAUAUAUAUAUAUAUAUAUAUAUAUAUAUAUCUUCAAACAGUUGUUUUUUUUGUGCUAUUUCCUCAUAUAACGUGAUGUAACAUUUUUGGCUGAGACGUCUCAUUGGCUGAGCUGGCCAAUCAGCUGUUUACUUGUUAUGAAUAUUUUUAACGACCAGUAUACACCCACACCAUUCAAACACAGAAAAGCUGCUUUUUAACAUACUUAAUUUAAAGAAAAUUGGGAAGGAAAACUAUUUCACUCAUAUUGUAAUGAAUUAUAGGUCAUGUUUAAUAGAAAUGCGGAAACCCUGGACUAUUACUUGAAAUAGCAUUCCCUGUGUGUUUCACUUUCCAGUCACAUAGCAGUUGUUCCGCCAACCCCUCCACCCUAUUACAAUGGCCCAGCCUUCAGCAGAUCAGGGGUAAGGUGAAAUAAAGAUAUCUAAAUGAUCUACCACUUAAAAGGCUUUAAAAACCAACUAAAAAUGCUUAACUUAUUGUAAAAGGGCAGGAUAAACCAAGUAAAAAGGUACAAAAUGUAUGGCUAAAACUGUCUCACCUUAUACACACAAGACUCUCUCAAACAAUGACACACCUGCUGUUAAAGGCAGUUCCUUCAAUAAUUAGGUGAGAGGGACCACGCCUGUGUUCAAACAGCCACUCAAUUAACUAGAUAAUCAGGAUACAGACCCAAUUAAAGGGAUAGUUCACCCAAAUUACAAAAUGACAUUGGUUUCCUUACUCUGUAAGCAGUCUAUGGACAAGGUAUGACAGCAAUCCAUGCUUUGGUUAAGUUUCCCUGGCACUGUUUCCACAUGCCAGCAUUUUAGCAUUUGUGGCACAAAUCCCACUCAAGAUAAUAGCAUUUUUCGCGCAUCAUGUCCAAAUCAUCCAAAAGUAUCUCAAAUUGAUUGUGAAGCUCAACAAAGUCACUUAUAGAUGAUUUGAACAUGAUGUCUGAAAAUUGCUAAGAGGUGCAAUUGACAUUGUAGCUAUAGUAUUGCCUGGAAUGAUGAAUUGUUAAAAUGAAAGGGAUUCUGCAUACAGCUUGUUUUAUCCAAUAAAUAAGUUGUGAAGGGCUCACUCCUUCACAGUUUCAUAAACCACAAUUAUGACUUGGUCUGUCAGAUGUAUUGUCAAUGAUUUGGUAAUUUGGGGGUUUGGUGAUCUCUAGGGACUGAAGAAUUCCUUUAAAAAACCAUUCACCAAGUCUAUAGAGGACCUGAUGGUUUCCCUCACCAGCCAAAUGAGAAGUAAGUGACUAUUUUGAGCCAUUUUGGUAUUUACAAAUAAAAGGUCUCUGGAAAAAACAAAACUAUAUGAUCUUUCAAUGUGAAGUCAUUUUAAGUAUGUCUUGGUGAAAACUAGGAUCCAAGAAAGUCAAAACAGCGACUAAUUUCUUCUGAGCGUUAUCGCAGACCUUAACGUAAUUUGUCGAUAAGAUAUCAGUCGUUUGUGCUUAGGAAACCGCACCUAGGAAACAAGAUAAGAUAUGACAUCUAUAUUGAAGCUUGUUCGCAAGCAGCACGUCAGAAGUGCUACAUUACGGAUGGAGAAGGUCUGUGUGUGUUAUUCGCCCCACCUUUCGGGUUGCAGGGUUCUCCAGGUCGCAAGAAGAUGUGCGAGUGAAACAGGAUCUUCUUACAGUGGACAACAGCACUGGCUGGAAAAGCCUCUCUGACACAAACAUCAACAAAUCCAUCAAUGUAAGAGAAACCAAAUACAUAUCAACCCCUCGACUUUGUCAAAGUAUCACACUAUCAAGACAUACAUUUUUCGCUAAACCCCUGAGGUAAAAUCAAAGAGACCCCACCUACAUGUUCAAAACCAAGUGAGAUAUUGAUCGUAUGACACUGACAACUAUUUCAGACAGGAAAGAGGGAGACUUUAGAAAUAGCUAUUGGAACAACCUUAAAUAAUAAUACACAUUGCCAUCUUGUCAAGAGGUUCAAGCCUCUCGGUGAAAUGGCUAAGAUGUUGGACUGACAGACGCAGGGACCCGGGUUCAAGUACCAGUUGCUCUUUGCCCAAAUUCACUAGAAUAUGAACAAAAGUAUACUAUAUUUCAACAGACACAACAUCUCUCCUCACAGCUUACCAAAGGCCCCAGUCUUCCCAACCUGUUCAAGAAGAGCCGGAAUGAUGACCAGAGCAGUUUUUCAUCAGGGGCCGAUGAGGCCCAUUCCCUGGGCUCAGAGUGCUCAGGGGGAAAGAGGGUGAGUUGAGUGGCCUGAUGAUGGAGAAAUAAACAACACAAGGACUUGUGCAAAACUACACAAUUUAUUUGGCAUAUGAUUAGAUAUGGAUUGUUGUUAUGUGGACAUGUCUUGCAUAGCUGCAUAGUCUUGUAGCUGGCGGAGAAGCUAGAAAGGAAUGCAUCCAAAUCAUCUGCAUGCUUAACUACAGAAUAGACCUGCAUUGUCUAUAUGUUGUCAUGACAUCCUUUUAAAGAGGCAAUAUGACAUUUUGAUCUGUAUUAAAAAAUAAAUAAUCAUAUUACAGGGCAGUAGUGCUAGUAGCACUGCUACAGACUAUGGUCUCUUGGAGAUCAACAGAGUGACGGGGGAGCUAGAGCUCGCCAUCGCCUUCAACCACAACACUUCCUGCCUGGAGAUCACAAUCAACGGCUGCAGAAACCUUGCGUAUGGAGACAUCAAGAGGAAGAAGUGUCAUCCGUAAGCAUUAUUACUCAAUACACCAGAUCAUAGAAAUAGGCCCACCCAUCAUUGAAUGCUGACUUGAAUGGGGAGGCCCAUUCUAGUAAUUCUAUGUCUUUGAUACCAGAUUUGUACUCUCUGUUGUACUGAUAUAUCCAUUUGCAAACUAGAUCUCCUGUACUGUAUGUGUCACCAUCAUGGGCAGGUAUGUCAAGGUCUACCUACUGCCGGAGAAGUCUCAGAGCAACAAACUGAAGACAACCGUCAAGAGGAACACAACGGAUCCCAUUUAUAAUGAAAUUUUACAGGUAAGGAGACAAAUCUGGGUCAUGUUCAUUAGGACACACUACAAAACAUAGCAAAAACUUUUUCAACUGAAAAUCAAAACAAGCUUCAAAUUGGUGUCUAAAGAAUACCCUGAACUGGCUUAAAAGUGUAUGCACACAUGACUGUAAGUCGCUUUGGAUAAAAGCGUCUGCUAAAUGGCAUAUUAUUAUUAUUAUUGAGUGAAAUAGGCUACAUGGCAAUGAAAUAUCCUGUGUUUCACCCACCCAUGUGUUUUAUUCCCUGAUGCACAGUGCCAGAUGGAGAGCCCCCUGUUGUCCAGGAGUACUCUGCAGGUGUCUGUGUGGCACUGUGGGACCCUGAAGAAGAAAGUGUUCCUAGGAGAGGUCCUCGUCCCGCUGGAGGGGUCUAUAUUUGAGGAGAGCGCCACCCAGGGCUCCAACUGGUACCGCCUGUGUCCCAAGGUAGGGUAUAACUGCUGAUCAUGAAGCAACAUUCACACAAUACCCUUUGGUAUCUUUAUAAAACAAUAUUUUUGGUUAAGGAAAAAGUUUUGUUCAACUAGCUUGUAUGUCUCCUCUGUCCUCUCUCUGUCUCACUAUUAUUUCUCACUUGGUCAAUAGCCUGAGAGUCCAGAAGGGAGUGCAGUCGAGCAGGAUACAGCAGGAGAACUGCUGGUCAGAAUGAAGUUCACCUCCUUGUCCCAGCUGUCCUGGGUUUGCCACACAGAUGGUAAGCUGACUCUCUACCGUUCACGCACCAAAAGCAUUUAAAUCUCAGUUUAUCCCUGUUUUAUUCUGUUUUCGCCCGUUUGAUGCCUAAUAAAUAAGACCUCAUUUUGAAACAGUUUACAGUGUUUUUACAGCACUAGGCGUCAGACGAUCCUUAUAUUGGAUUGAAAUGACCUUGAUGUCUUUUGUUCCUCCUCACAGAGGUUCAUAUUGGACCACAUGACGUUGGUCAACUGACUGUUCUCGUCAAUGGUGCCAAAAACCUGCCCACUAAAGCAAACACCAGUCAGAACACCUAUGUGAAAGGGUAAACGUAUGAUUAGUGUGUGUGUUUGCUGGGGUGUGAUAUUGUUAUUAGACUGUCUGUUCUAGGUGUGUUGUGUGUGUGUGUUCUGGUGUGUGUUUAUGUAUCUAUGCGUACAUUUGUGCGUGUGUGUGUUUACAACUAUAUGUUUAUUUAUUUUUGUAUUUUAGGUGCCUGGCUCUCCCCGGGCCCAGGGAGCUUGUCCAGAGGACCCCUGUCCUGAAGAAUCCCAGUCCAGAGUGGUCUCACCAGCUGCUCUUCAGCAGGGUCACGCCCUACGACCUCCAGAUCAGCACUCUGGAGCUGGACCUCUGGGACCACGCCCCCUUUACCUUCUCAGACCGCCUCCUGGGCUGGGUCAGAAUGGAAGACGGUAAUAUGGCUGUCUGUCAGUCUUUCAAUGACUGUUAUACCUUUACAACUAUACAGUAGAUUUUAAUCCGUUUGCAUGAAAAUGAAAUGGUCUAAAUAGAAAAGUUUGACCAGGCCCAUUCAAGGGGGCUCGAGAUGAGAUACAACAUACAUUAUUUGUUUUUAAAUUCUUAAAAUGUGUUUACUUUAUCUAAUACCAACUCCAGUUGUCUAAAAUGCCAGACAGUCUGAGUCAAACGUCAAUGAGAAUUGAAUUAACAAGAGCACAAAUGUCAUAUUUCACACUAAUGGAAUUUAGAGAAAGCCAUCUGAGGAAACGGGUUUCACCUAUUUCACUCUCAGGGUAUUGAGGGCUCUUUCUCCUCAGCAUAUUUUCUCUCUCUCUCUCUCUCGGUCUCUCUCUCUGUGUCUCUGUCUCUCUCUCUCUCUCUCUCUCUCUCUGUCUCUCUCUCUGUCUCUCGCUGUGAUGGACUCAGUUUAGUGCAGUCUGGUUUCACAGAACUAUAUAAAAAAAAAUAUAUCUUUGUGAGAGGAAGCAAGGAAUGGGUGGUCCUCUGUAGCUGAGCUGGUAGAGCACGGCGCUUGUAACGCCAGGGUAGUGGGUUCGAUCCCCGGGACCACCCAUACACAAAAAAAUAAUAAUGUAUGCACGCAUGACUGUAAGUCGCUUUGGAUAAAAGCGUCUGCUAAAUGGCAUAUUAUAUUAUAUUAUAUAAGGAAGGACUGAUGAUGUCACUGACCUGGCACUCUCUGUUAACCACAUGUCUCCCAGGGUCAUCAUGGCAACUGGUGCUGCAGACGCCCAACAUGUGGCAUGACUUCAGUUUACCCAUGCAAGCCAACAUCAACAGCAGGAGAACAUGAUGAUGUCAUCAGAGUCAACAGGAAAAAAAAGCCCCUGGACUGGACACUGUCUCCCCACAAGAAAGACAUCAGCAUUUUAAGGGCUCUAUUCAAUCCGUACUGCAGAAAUUCAGCGUUACAGCGUG